UUUUGAGCUGUAAGACACGUCGCUUACAUAAAACCGAAGAGCCAAAAACCUCACCACUGAGUCCUCCCCCCAGCACCAAGAUUAAGCCUCCCACAUCCAUUUAAACAUUUGCCUCGACCAGCUGCGAGAAGACCAAAGAUAGUCCUGGAAUAUUCCAGCUGUGCAUUCCAGAGCCGACAUGUCCCUGCCAAAGGAAUCAGGGGAUCGUGGGAAAGAGAGGGAGAGGGACCACGGUGCCCGCCCCAAAGUGAGACAGAGUCGCUCGGAGGAGAGAAGAGAGGGGGGGCGACGGAAAGGGGGCAGGGGGAAAAAGAAAGGAGGGCCGUCCCACUCUCUGGCGCUGGAACGGCCCGUCAGCGACGGCUUUGAGUACGGAGACCUGCUGAGCGGGCUGGAGUCCCAGGAUGGGGGUUUGUCCUCGCCCGCGAGGGAGCGCCGAAGAUGGCCCGGAUUGGGUUCUGCCGGGUCCUCGCUGCCCGACAGAGGCAGCGCCAGGCCGGCCCACACGGCCGCGUCCGUCGCGGAUCAGCCCGCCCAGGAGACGGAGGCCAAGGCGUCCGGCGGCGGCCGCACCCUGCGGCAGAAGAUCCAGGACGCCGUGGGGCAGUGUUUCCCUAUAAAGACGCACCACGCCACAGCAGCCAUCUCCACGCAGACGCUCUCUUCCUCCCCGUCCUCGGCUUCCUCCUCCUCAUCCUCGGCCGUCUCCAGCUCCUCUUCCUCCAGGCGCAAGAUCCACCUCAGCGAACUGAUGCUGGACAGCUGCCCGUUCCCAGCCGGGUCGGACCUGGCACAGAAGUGGUACCUGAUUAAACAGCACACCGCGCCCAUCUCUCAGACGCCCGCCGCGGACUCGCUCGGCUCCGCCUCCUGCUCACCGGGGGCGGCGGCGGCGGCCGUGGUGGUGGUGGAGGACGAGGACGACCGGCUGAGGGAACGUCGACGAAUCAGCAUCGAGCAGGGCGUGGAGCCUCCGCCCAAUGCCCAGAUCCACACGUUUGAGGUGACGGCCCAGAUCAACCCGCUCUACAAACUGGGCCCCAAACUGGCCCACGGCAUGAACGAGCUGGCGGGAGACGACCGCGCCACCAUCCAGCAGCAGCAGCAGCAGCAGCAGGAGCAGCAGGAGCAGGAGCAGCAGGAGCAACAGCUUCUCCUGCAGAGACAGCAGCGCCAACACCAGCUGCUGCUCCAGAGCUGUCUGGACACGCUGGACGAGGUCGUGGCCUCCGCCACCGCCUCCGCCUCCGCCUCCGCGCCUUUGUUUUCCGCCGAUUCCGACGCGGAGGGCGAGCCGGGAACGUCGGAGUCCCACUCGGUGACGAGGAGACCCCUCGGCGCUCAGGGCGACCGGCCGCGCCCGCAGGAAAGCCACCACCGCAUUCACACGCAGAUCGAUUACAUCCACUGCCUGGUACCGGACCUGCUCCAGAUCACCAACCUGCCCUGUUACUGGGGCGUCAUGGACCGCUACGAAGCCGAAACGCUGCUGGAAGGGAAACCGGAAGGGACCUUCCUCCUCCGGGACUCCGCUCAGGAGGACUACCUGUUUUCCGUCAGCUUCCGACGGUACGGGCGUUCCCUGCACGCGCGCAUCGAGCAGUGGAACCACAACUUCAGCUUCGACGUUCACGACCCCAGCGUCUUUCACGCGCCCACGGUCACGGGCCUCCUGGAGCACUACAAAGACCCCAACUCCUGCAUGUUCUUCGAGCCCCUGCUGUCCAACCCCAUCCACCGCACGCAGCCCUUCAGCCUGCAGCACGUCUGCCGCGCCGUCAUCAGCAGCUGCACCACCUACGACGGCAUCAGCUCCCUGCCCAUCCCCAACGCGCUGAAGGAGCACCUGAAGGAGUACCAUUACAAACAGAGAGUCCGCGUGCGCAGGCUGGACACCUGGUGGGAAUGA